AUGGCUUACAUGGAGUACCAUUACUCAGCCUUCCUUCUCAAGUCGUCGAAGAGGGUGUCAAUCUUGACAGGCGCCAUGGGGGCGGCCGAAAUGCUCGAAGGCAACGAAUCUGCGUUCAUCGAAAACUUCCGACUGCCUCGUAAAACGUUGGGUGCCUUGCUUUUCGGCCUCAUCAACCGCGGGGUCUUUGUGGAACUCGAAAGUCUCUCCACCGGAGCAGUUGUGCCUGUUCCUAUACUUUUGAGGCAGAGUGUAUCGUCUACCAACAUGCAACAGCGCUUCCAGCAUUCUGGAGAGACCAUGUCACGGCAACUUCGACUUGUCAUGCAUGCUCUGAGACGCCUUGUACCUUUGUACAUUUGCCAGCCACCGGAAGACGCCCCAACUCCGUCUGUGAUCACGGCCAACAGCAAGUUCUAUCCCUUCUUUGAAAAGUGUCGUAUGGCUCUCGAUGGGACGCACAUCCCAGUUUGGGUGAGUGCUACUGAAGCUGCUCCUUUUCACGGUCGCAAGGGCGUUACCAUGAAUAUCCUCGCCGCGUGCGAUUUCGACCUGGUAUUCACGUUUGUCCUGGCCAGCUGGGAGGGAACCGCAGGGGAUGGCAAGCAAGAACUCUUCAACUUGCGCCAUGCCCAGUUACGCAACUGCAUCGAGAGGAUUUUUGGAAUCCUGAAGAUGCGCUUGCCCAUUUUGUCCAAGGGCAUUCGGUACGAUUUCGCGUUUAAAGUCGACGUCGUGCUGGCUCUGUGUGUUAUCCACAACACACAGAGGUGUCCUGCAUCAAAGCACUUGGUGGCACACUUGGGGGAGGGUCAGAUGACGAAAUCACCGAAAGUCCGCGGGCAAGCGUUCCACUGA